CAAAAUGCCCGCAUAGCUAACUAGUUAUUUGGUUAACUAUGUUCACGUCUUAGUAAGCUGCUGCUCGUUCGCAGAAAUGGAAAGAAGGUCAAUCUAUAUAGUUAUUAUCGACACUCAUCAUGCCAUAUUUUAGAUACGUAUUGCUGCUCUUUUGGGUAUCAAUGAUCUGGAAAUCUAUUCGCCAGCUGGAUCAACAAUGCCCGCAUACUAGUAGGAGCAAACUGUUAAUCAUUACCAUGCAGAUUUUUCAGUCUUCCCGAACGGCAGUAGAUCCAUCGGAAUGGGCUGAAGUCAUGAACAACUCUUUUGCCUGUAGUUCGGUUUUGUCCCCUCGAGGAGCUUCUGGGCACUAACAACAUCUUCAUUCGUUACUAGCCACGAACUACU